AUUUGGAGUGAUCGCGUUAAGAUGGCGAUUGUGUGAAGAAAAAAAUGAAACAAAACGAAAAAUCUGCUACGAUGUGGAGCCUUUAAAAACACAGCAACUCGGUGGCUGUGAUGUAGGAUGGGGAGUCGGAGGCUGGACAUCAACACAGCCACACUUGAAGACUUUGAACAGCUAAUAGGGGUUGGCCACCUCAAGGCAAAGGCCAUCAUUAAGUACAGAAAGGUGAGAGGAGGGUUCCAAACUGUGAGUGACCUGGGCGGGGUACCGAAGGUGGGACAAAGUGUGCUGGACCUCAACCGCAGUAAGCUCUGCUGCAAGGCCUCCUGUCGCACAAGCAGAGCAAUUAGAGGCCGGAAUGGAGGUCCAAGUAGCGGUAAAGCUUCUUCUAGCAAGUCUUCAAAUUCUGGACUUGGGUUGAAGCGAAUACAGGGCUUUAAACACCCUCGACAAGCCUCUAUUUUGAGAAAAGGAAGAACUUCUGUAGCAUCUAAGAAAAGUCCUAGUGAAAAAAUAAGUGAGACUGAUAAUGAUCCUUCUUCAGAUAAAAAUAAAUCUCACAAUUGUGCUAAUUUAAUUCAAGAUGGACCUUCAACAUCUAGUAACAGUGCAGGCUCACUUGUUUCUAUUUCAAAACCAUUCCAAGGACCAUCAUCUUCCCCUGAAUACUCUUCAAACAGUGUGGAACUGGAGGAGGAAGAAGAAGAGGAGGAGGUGGAAAAUGGAGAAGAACAAAAGAGUAUUCAAGGGGAAUUAACUAAUAAUAAUAGUGACUUAGACAGGGAUGAUAUUGACGAAGAAGAAGAUACUAAAUCAGAAGUUUCAGAUUCUGUAUACAGUCUUUUGAGUCCCAGAUCAAGAAUUCCUGUGCCAGUAAACUCCACUCUUUCUCAACAUCUGAAAAGGAAAGGCUCCUUAUACAGAGAUGACUUUUUUUCACCUUCUGGGAAGCGCCUCUGUCAUCCUCAAUUUUCUAGUCCCCACACGACGUAUGGUAACCUGAAGGGACCCCUGAAGAAAUGUGUCCAGCGGUUCCAGCGACAGAGGAUCCCCUCGAAGGAACACCCACCCCCAGGACUCGCAGAAUGGCUUAAACAGUUCCAGGACUGGGGUAAUGCUGAGCGUCUGAUGGCGGUAGAUGAGUUAAUCUCGCUGUGUGAGCCGACACAGGUGCGACACAUGAUGCAGGUCAUCGAGCCGCAGUUCCAGCGAGACUUCAUCUCUCUGCUUCCCAAAGAGCUGGCUCUCUACGUGUUGUCAUUCCUGGAUCCGCGUGACCUGCUACAAGCAGCCCAGACAUGCCGUUACUGGCGGGUGCUCACGGAGGAUAACCUUCUCUGGCGGGAAAAAUGUCGUGAGGAGAGCAUCGAUGAACCACUUGUAUUCGGGUCAAACAGUAGGUUGCGGCGUCGCCAGCCAUCCCCAAAGAGUCCAUGGAAGUCAUUGUACAUGAGACAACACCAGAUAGAACAGAACUGGAGAACAGGCCAACUGCGACCUCCCAAGCUGUUGAAGGGCCAUGAUGACCAUGUGAUCACGUGUCUAGAGUUCUUUGGUUCUCGUGUCGUGUCGGGCUCAGAUGACAACACUCUGAAAGUCUGGUCAGCUCUCACUGGAAAGUGUUUACGGACUUUAGUGGGUCACACAGGAGGGGUGUGGUCAUCCCAGAUGCAGGGGAACAUCAUCAUCAGUGGCUCCACGGACCGCACACUGAAAGUGUGGAACGCGGACACGGGUCAAUGUAUGCACACGCUGUAUGGUCACACCUCGACCGUAAGGUGUAUGCACCUCUGUGGAACAAAAGUGGUUAGCGGUUCCCGUGAUGCCACACUGCGGGUCUGGAACGUCGAGACCGGCCAGUGCCUGCACGUGCUGAUGGGGCAUGUGGCUGCCGUGAGGUGUGUUCAGUAUGAUGGGCGCCGUGUGGUCAGCGGGGCAUACGACUACAUGGUAAAGGUCUGGGACCCUGAGACUGAGACUUGUCUGCACACCCUGCAAGGACAUACAAAUAGGGUCUACUCACUACAGUUUGACGGUGUACAUAUUGUUAGCGGGUCGCUGGACACAUCUAUUCGUGUAUGGGAUGUGGAGACAGGAAACUGCCUUCACACGCUCAUCGGACACCAGUCUCUCACAUCGGGGCUCGAACUCAAGGACAAUAUCCUCGUGUCAGGGAACGCUGACUCCACUGUGAAAGUCUGGGACAUAACCACUGGGCAGUGCUUACAGACACUUCAAGGCUCCAACAAACAUCAGAGUGCUGUUACCUGCCUACAGUUUAACAAGAAGUUUGUCAUUACCUCAUCUGACGAUGGCACAGUGAAAAUCUGGGACCUCAAGUCAGGUGACUUCCUGCGUAACCUGGUCACCCUUGAUAGUGGGGGAAGUGGUGGGGUCGUUUGGCGGGUACGGUGCAGUAACACGAAACUUGUGUGUGCGGUCGGGAGUAGGAAUGGGACAGAGGAGACGAAAUUGCUUGUCCUGGACUUUGAUGUUGAAGAACGGAAAGAUAAAAUGCCGAUGAUAGAGCGGAUGUGAAUUGAUUCUGUGACUGAGCAGUUAGUUUUAGAUAAAAAUUGAGUUUUAGAUGUAGCAAAAGUGGGAAUAUUGUGGGUAGACUGGUGAUAUUUUAGAAUUUUAGUGAAAUCACUCAACGCAUUUCAAAAACACUUAUUGACAAGUUGAAAGGACAAUUGACAAGUUGAAAGGAAGCACUACUCAUUCAAGUUUAUGAUAUUUAAAGAUGUGUACUGUUUUAUGUGUGCUUAGGAAUAGAGGCUUUCUCCACAUUGAUUAAAGAGUUUGGGUCCUAGUUUUUGUAUCAAAACAGCAAGGACUAUAUAGAAGACCUAGGAAACAGGGCAGUGUAUUACAGGAGGGCAAGAGAUUAGUGAUUUCAGACAAUUGUGUAUAUUGGACCUGUAUGACAGGUGACAUGUGCUCAAAGUGUGACUUUGUUUUACCAACAUCUUAUCAGUGUGCUAAUCGUGAUUGACAUCCUUAUGUUUCAUUAUUUUGUAAUGGUUAAUUCAUUUUAAGACCUUGAUAACAAACAGAUGCUAAGGAAAAUGAAAUAUUCAUCACUCGCUUAUGAAGUGAUUGGGUUCUUGCACAAAGAUGAUUAUGUAAUAUUAAACACUUAGCUUAUGUUGUAAAUGUAUGUAAACAUAGAUUAUACCAUGGUUUAUUUUUAAUUUUUUAAGGUUGUUCUUUGUGAUAUCAGCAUUGCGAAGGGGGAUAGGGAAAGAGUUAUAUCUGCUACUUUUUAGCUCACCUGAGCACAAAGUGCUCAAAGUGAGCUAUUGUGAUCGGUUUAUGUCUGGUGUCCGUUGUCCAUCGUCCUACGUCAACAAUUGCUUAUAAACAUCAUCUCCUCCUGCACCGGCUGGACAACUUUGAUGAACCAUCUCAGGGAGGUUCCUUGGGUUGUGCCCUUUCAAAUUUGUUCAAAGAAAAGAAUUUAAUGCCAUGGCAACCAAAAGGAAAAACUUCAAAAAGCUUCUUGACAAAACCAUGAGGCCUAGAGCUUAGAUAUUUUGUGUGUAACAUUGUAUAGUGGUCAUCUGCCAAGUUUGUAACGAAGUUCAAAAUCUUUUACUCUGGUGAGCUAUUAAGGGCCAUCAUGUCCCUUUUGUUUAAAUGUCCCUAAUACCGUUUCUGCUUUCAGCCCUCAAUUGCUUUACAUUAAAGAAGGCAGACUGUUACAAAGGUGUAAAUAUCUAAGAUAUUUUUGAAAAGUGUAUAAUUUUUGUUGUUUCUUUGUAAUUUUUGUGUACAAAAUCUCUCCUAGUCAGAUUUUGAAUGGUUUCCCUGAAUGGUUGAACGUUUCUUGCUGAUCAGCAUGGUCCAGGUGAUUCAAACCUUUUUGAGCAUUGUCUGCACCCACUCCACUCAUUCCAAUAACUCUUCACAAGUACAGUGUGACAAUUGACUGGCCAACUUCCGUAUUGAUGGUUUUUGAAAGUCAAUGAAAUUGACAGAAGUUUUGGGGGAAUUUCAAACUGAUGAAACAAUAUUCUUUGUGCUCUGCAGUCUGGAGGGUUACUGACCUAGCUAUCAAGGAUUAUAUAUGUAUAUAUAUAUAUAUAUAGUUAUUGAAGUUAGCUCAUCUUUUUAAACAUAAAUCUCAAAAAUGAUUAUCUUGCAGAGAAAAACGAGAUUUUGCCAGUCUAUUGUCCCAAGGUACAAGUAACAAGUGUAGAGCAGGAUCGUGUAUUGUGGGUUUCCGGCGAUGACCUUUGAGGUUGUAAAUCGACCUAUAAACGUGUGAUCUGCCUUCUCUAAUAUUUCGAGGGUUUUCUGGAAGAAUGUUGUAAAUCCUUAUAUUAAUUUAGGCUGUAACUCCUCUCUUACAGGAAACCCUCACUAUGUGUGGUUUGUCUUAAUUCUUUUCUUGCGGCAUUCUAAAUAAAGAGGUCAGUAGUUUGGUCGGCCAAUACUGUUAUGUUGUGUUGCAUCAUAAAAUUAUGGCGGUUAAUUGCAAAAGGUACUACCUAAUUAUAUUUUGGCUGAAUGGACUAGGUACUGUUUGGCCUUUUAAUCCAUGCAUUAUGAAAGUAAUAGACUAUAACUAUUGCUUCUUUAUGGGGUUUUUUUCACAAUUUCAAGCAUAAUAUAAUGUUCUUUUUUUGUAUGGAGUCCAAGUCAGUAUUGCGAAGUAUAUUGUCUCUGUUUUAAUGUCUUUCGUCUUAGAUGUAGUUCUCUUACAUGUAGUCCUUUUAACAUUCCUUUUGAUGAAAAAACAUUUCUAUUUGUCAGAAAAAAACUUAAAAACAUUUUUGAUAUAACUACCAAACACAUAGGUUCUAUACCACAAUUACACGAAGGAAAGCCAACUAUCAAUGUUUUUAUGACAACGUAGUUAAUAAGUCAUUCUACCAUUUCAAUCUUUAGUAGGGGAUAAACUUGCAGGCUUUUAAAAGUUUUAUGUAAUUGUUUGAAAAAGGCAAUGGUGCUAUUAAUUAUUUAAGUGUUGUUUUGUGUUAUGAUGUGUGUCUUGUGUAUUUGUUAAACAGCUCCAUGAGAAUCAAGUUACUGAAGUUGAAGUUCAAUGCUUUCUUUAAACCAUGUAAUUUUGAUGAAAUAAACACAGUCUGUAGACUUGUCUUAAGUAAGAGAUUAUAAUGAUGCAUCUGAAAAUGUCUUUUUAGCACAGAUACGGUACACCGUGUUCUCAUUUUUAUCUCUAUUUCUUAUUUCUUAGUUUGUUACUUUAGAUAAUUUCAUUUUUAGGAAGUUCUAUACCACUGUUGUUCCUUUAAACACUAGAUUUGUUUAGUUUAUGUACACGAUAUUCACAAAAUUUGUUGGUUUUUCUUGUGCCAUAUAAUUUAUAUAAAUGGUUAAAUUUUUAAAUUGUUCAUAACUGAGCAUUCUUUGUGGUGAUACUUUUAUUAUAGUGUUUACGGUAAUUUGGUUUCUACUAAAGCGUGUCUUAGCUUUGAUUGGUUUAAACAUAUUUUAUUUCAUGAAAAAAAUUCAUAUGGCAACAUAUAUUUCUGUACAAAUAUUUAAGAAUUUGAUCGGAAGCUGAAAGCUUACAAAGAUAUUUAUUUUCUGGUUGUCUUAUGAAUUUCAAAAAAUGUGUUCCUUAAAGAAAACUACUUACAGUGUCAAAAGAAUCGGACAUAAAAUUGCCAUAAUUGGCUGCAUUAUCCUUGUGUUUUACAAGUCUUAUUAAAGAAUUUGAAUAUCUAUUUUCUGCUUAUAGUAUACUUAUAACAAAAAUAGUAACAAAGUAAAUAAUAAACUGUUUCUUUUAUAAGUUUCAAACAUUGGUAGGUAUCUUGGCUGAUUGAUUAUUUUGAAUGUUUGAGCUAUUUCAACCCCCUCAUGUUGGAGAGUGUGUAUGAAUGUUUAUAGCGUUAGGGUUGUUUUUAUCAGUAUUGGUUUUGAUUCAUUUCAUACCCUAAAAGAUAUAAUAUAUUUAACAAUUUCUACAUGUUUUGUUUUAAAAACCCUUGUUUUACUUGAAUGGUACAUGUUUAAAAUUAUUCAAAUUAAUUAUUAUAUUGUUUAGACCCUGUAACUUUCACGUAUAUGUAACCAGUUACAACUUAUUAUUGUAUAUUAACUAUUUUAUAGUGGAAAAUUGAUGUGUUACCCAAUAUAAAUGGUUAUUCUUUGUUUCGUAUGACUUUCCUGUGUAUUGUAUUUUGGUUAAACCAGUUUAUGAUGGCUAACAUGAUGUAGCUGAGGAAUAAUAAAACAUUAAAACUGAA